AUGAAGGGUCGUGGCCUUUUGCAGCAGAAAGACCUAUCCUGCACCUCGCCUGUCAUCUCCACCAAUCCCAGAACCUCAUCUCAGGAGGAUGGCGAAGUUCAACCAAUAGAAACCUUUAGAGAGGCUUUAGGCAACGCCUCCCUGGGGAUGUCCGACCAACAGGGGAAUGCCGUUGAUCUGAAGUGUAACAUCACACACUCCUCACAGACUCCUGACAUUACCCCACCACACCUUUCCUCCUCCUCCAUCCCCCUCUCCCUCUCCCUCUCCCUGGACUGUGGGGUGGAUGGGCACGGCUAUGAGAGGCUGUGGAGGCUGCUGGCCUACUACAGUGAGACGCCUGUCAGGCUUCAAAGAGAAAUAAUGUUGAGUAAAGCCCCAAGACUUGCCUACAGGUACAGACAGACAGCAGAGAAGGAGGGCUACUACCAUACAGGGGUCAGGGCCAGUAUUCAAGCCCAGCCUGCCUGGUUACUGCAGCCCCAUGUCAGUCUAGAGCUCAACAGAGCUCAGUCCAGCACCCACAUGGUUAAACUGACCCUGUCCACCCUGGUGUCUGCCCCCCCAGACCCCCCAUCCCCACACUCCUGGGUCCUCAUCCAGACCAACCACACCCACACAGCUUUUACUGCAGCUGCAGAGAGACAGAUCCACCUGCCCUGCCCUGUCCUCAGCUCUAUUGGAGACCUAAGCUCUGGAGACCACAGGCUCCAAUGGGUUUUCCCAGAUGGUUCAACAGUCUCCUCUCCCUACCGCAGCUCAGAUGGUAGGGUCCGGGUGUCUGGCCAGGGGCUGGUCCUGCAGAGAGUGGAUCACUCUGAUGCUGGACUGUACUAUUGCGUGGCCCGGGCGGGGGGAGAUGUUGACGUUCUUCCCCUCCGUCUGGCGGUGGUAGAAUCAUCCAAUCCUCCCCCGGGGGAGGAGCUAGGCCCUGCUGUGACUGGAUUGGUUGGAGACCCUGUCAGUCUGCCGUGCGAGGCCUCUGGUACACCGAGGGUCGAGGUGAAUUGGGUUCUUCCUGGCGGGAGAGUGAUAGGGAGUAGGAACGAGGGGAGGAGAAAGGAUGAUUCAGGGAUGAAUGUCUUGGCCAACGGCACCCUGUCUCUUCCCAUCCCUGCGCUGGGAGAUGCAGGCCUGUACCGGUGUGUAGCGGUAAACCAGUACGGUGCUGACUCUCUCUCCACCAGACUGACGCUCACCCCGCGUCCUUCUGACACCUCAUCACGUAUGAGAUAUCCCAUGAGGCCACAAUCUGCGGCGGGGGUGUCCAAUAGGGUACGAGCCCCUCUACGGGGUGAGGAGAUUGAAGAGGGGGGCUCAGGAGAUGAUGAGGGGGAGAACAUACUGCCCACCAGGGCAGGUUACAACAGGACAUGGCGUCCCCCCAUCAGAUCCCACARGGUGAGGGUGGAGGGAAGCAGACCACCCCAAAAGGGCAAGAAGCCCUUGAGGAGAGGCUUCCCUGUGGAGCAGAAGAGGAACAGGCUGGAGGGCCGUCGGAGGUUUAACCUGGCCAAACACAAGAUAGACCCUCAGAAAUGGGCCGAGCUGCUGGCUAAGAUACGUGAAAGGACUGCCCCAAAAAUCACAGACUCCUUGUAUGUACCACCCCCAACAAGAGCACAUACUACCACCUCAGCCCCAACUGAAGCACAGACAACCACCUCAACCCCAAUUGAAGCACAGACAACCACCUCAAACCCAACUAGAGCACAGUCAACCAGAAUACAGACAGAUAGCAGACAUAUAGAAAGCAAUCACACAACCAGAACAAAUCCAGGCAGCACACAGCCAGAAAGUACACAGCCAGACAGCAGACAUACAACCAGAAGAAAGCCAGGCAGCACACAGCUAAGUAGCACACAGCCAGACAGAAUACAGACAGAAAGAAUACAGACAACUAAAACACAGACAACCAGAAUACAUACAGACACCACAUUACCAAACAGCACACCAGAGGUAAGUGUGGGAAGAAACUCUGAUCAACGUCUUGUAUUGGACUCAGAGGCUGAUACCUCAAAGAGUUCUUCCAUAAAUGUCCCCAGUCUACAGGAAGAGCGGUUAAACGCCAUCCAUACAUCACUAAUCCCAGAUCUGCUAACAAAGGAUAGAGUGACCCCAGAGACACCAAACACUUCAGAUCCGACCAAUAACUUCCCCCAGAACCCUCAGUCAAACACAGACACAGACACAGAGACAGAAACAGAGACAGAGGGUUCUCUUAAAAGCACAAAGCCAACCUCCAAUGUCAAUUACACUAGCACAGAGGAAAGGAGACAGAGUGUUAUCCCUGUAAGGACUACAGGUGAGGGGGAGAGGACUGGAACAACAAACUCUGGAAAGGUAAUGUUCUCCAACUCUGUUCCGUCGCGACCCAGAAGCCCCUGGAAUGCCAGCAAUAGGCCUGGCCAGAGGAGACGCAUCAACAGACUCAGAGGACGACCCAUGCCCCGCCAAAGCGCCCCAGGUCCAACCUCCCCUCUCCAGAAUACCCUAAGUCCCACUACCACCAGAGCAGCACUUACAAAGCCCAGGAAACAGACAGCACCUGCUACAACCAUUACUAUAAGCACUACUACUACUACUACUACUACUACUACUACU